AUAUCCAAGCACAAUGGCCCGUUUAACAUGUUUGCCAAUUCUGCUGUGCAUCAUUGGAGCUUUGGCUCUGGUUGGACCUAUGCCCGCCAAUGGCGCCGUUGCCAACAGUCACAAGCACGAGAAGCAUCUGAGCAAGGAACGGGUAAAGGACGGCAGCUAUGUGCCCAGGGAUGCGCAUCAUCACAAUGAUCAGGGCGAACACAAUGUGGAGUUUGAUCAUGAGGCCAUCAUAGGCAAUACAAAAGAGGCGCAAGAAUUUGAUACCCUCUCGCCGGAAGAAUCGAAGCGACGUCUGGCCAUACUCAUCAAGAUGAUGGACUUGAAUAAUGAUGAAUAUAUUGAUCGUCAUGAAUUGAAAGCUUGGAUUUUAAGGUCCUUUAAGAAACUCUCAGAGGAGGAAGCGGCGGAUCGUUUUGAGGAAAUUGAUCAAGAUUUGGAUGAUAAAAUUACAUGGAAGGAGUACUUGCAGGACACCUAUUCCAUGGAGGAUGAGAACUUCAAGAAGGAGCUCAUUGACUUCGAUAGCUAUGAGGAGGAGCAGAAGAUGAUCAAACAGGAUAAGGAAAUGUUCCAUGCAGCCGACACGAACAAGGAUGGUGUGCUGAAUCAGGAGGAAUAUGUUCUUUUCCAAAAUCCUGAAGAGCAUCCACAAAUGUUGCCCAUUCUGCUGGAGCAUACGAUGCAGGACAAGGAUCUGAAUCAUGAUGGCAAAAUUGAAUUCCAAGAGUUUGUCGGCCAGGCAGCCACGCAUCACGACAAGGAGUGGUUAAUAGCGGAGAAGGAUCGAUUUGAUAAGGAUUACGAUACAAAUGGCGAUGGAGCUCUGACUGGCAAUGAGGUGCUCUCAUGGAUUGUGCCCAGCAAUACGGCCAUCGCGGAUGAUGAGGUAGAUCAUUUGUUUGUCUCCACGGAUGAAGAUCACGACGAUCGUUUGUCCUAUCUGGAAAUUCUGAAUAACUACGAUACAUUUGUUGGCAGCGAGGCCACCGAUUAUGGCGAUCAUUUACAGAAUAUACAUCAUCUUACCGAUGAACUGUAAAAGAACAAAAGAUUAUUUUACGAAUUUAAUUAGAGAAAUCUCUGUGCUUAGAAUUUUUGUAUUUUUUAUUCAUUUAGUUAGUUAAAUUUAAAUUGAUGUACUA